AAUUGUGCCUCGGUGAAAGCCCUAACCGCACCUUUCCUCUUAAGUCUAAUCGCUCACUUAUAUAUAAUUCCCCUACAAUGCCAAGACUUGCUCAAACCACUCCAAUUUUCUCAUCCAACCACCAAACCAUUUCACCGUCACAUGCCGACGAACUCAAGGGUUCACAAUCAAAUCAAAUCGACUCGAUUCACGAAACCAAAGGAGCAAAGAAACAGAGACAAAUAAUUCCAUCUCUUUACCUUUUCCCCUUUCCCUUCUCCACAGGGUACCCGUACCACUGCUAACUGCUGGAGUACCAGUCGUAUCAAAGCCACGCCACCACUGGGCACCACUGUCUACUAGCUGCUGCUGCGGGUACUGGAUCUCGCGGGAGGGCUCUGCUCGCACGCGUGUCUCCACCGCCCGCCCGCGCUAUCCACGGUAAUGCCACUGGCCUCGCCGCCGUCCUUGCCCGCCCACUGACGCACGCUACCCGCUGCCAUGGCGCGCUCUGGCGGAUGCCCCCGCCGGCCGCCGCCGCAGGCGAUGUCCCCGCCCAGAUCGAAGGAGCCGGGCGCCCAUGCCGCCGCGGCUCGUUCCCCCGCCUCCCGCCCCCGCCCCCGCCGGCGGCUGCGCGUCCAGAGCCCGUCCCUCGCCUCCGCGCGCCGAGCGGCCGCCGCGCCGCCGGCCACCCCGCCGCUCCGGUGGCCCGGGGACGCCGUCCCGCCGCGCGGUGUCGGUGCCGCCGCGUCCGUGAGGAAGAUCGCGGCGGCGCUGUGGCGGGUGCAUCCGCCUCAGGUGCCGCCGCCGCCGCCGCCGCGGGAGUCUGGGGAGGCGCGACGACGGUUCGAGCCUAGCCCGAAGCCUCUGCAUACACCAGAUCGUUGCAAUUACUAUAAAGCUUUCCUUGAAGGCAGGACAGGGAGUAAGCCUAUUGGCAAUGGCAUCAAGCAUGAGGUGGGAGCUUACUCUCCAUCACCUCGAAUUGAAAGAGAAGUGGCAACCAAGUGGGACCGUCGGUGCCUGGACACAUUUAGGGAUGCUGACUAUGAUUCCUUUGACCAUUAUCCAGUGGCUGCUGAUGCAGAAAUUGCUGCACUCAAAGCAGAGCUUAUGCAGGCCCACAACCGGGUUCAUGAGCUUGAAGCUGAGAGUCGGUCUGCGAAGAAGAAGCUUGAUCUCAUGCUAAGGAACCUUUCUGAGGAAAAGGCUUCCUGGAGGAGCAGGGAGCAUGACAAGGUUCGAGACAUCUUUGAUGGUGUCAAAGAGGCUCUGAACCGGGAGAGGAAGAAUCGACAAAGGGUAGAAAUUAUUAAUUCCAAGUUGGCCAGUGAGCUGUCUGAGUUGAAGUCAGCAGCAAAGCGGUACUUACAAGAUUAUGAAAAGGAGAGAAAGGCCAGGGAGCUCAUGGAGGAGGUGUGUGAUGAAUUAGCAAAGGAGAUUGCAGAAGACAAAGCUGAGGUUGAGGCUCUGAAGAGUGAAUCGAUGAAGAUGAGAGAUGAGGUGGAGGAAGAAAGGAAGAUGUUGCAGAUGGCGGAGGUUUGGCGUGAAGAGAGGGUGCAGAUGAAGCUUGUUGAUGCAAAGUUGACACUAGACAGCAAGUACUCACAGCUGAGCGAGUUGCAGUCUGUCAUUGAGGCUUUCCUCAGUUUCCACGGAGGCAAUAGUGUUGAUAAAGAAACAGUAAGAGAUGCAGAAAGGCUCAGGGAAGCAAUUUGCUCCGUGAAGGUUCAUGAUAUUAAGGAGUUCUCUUACAAACCACCACCACCUUCAGAGGACAUUUUCGCUGUAUUUGAGGAACUCAAACAGAGGGAAGAUACUGAUGAGAAGGAAAUUGGGCAGUGUAAUGGAGAUACCCCCGCGAGUCAUGCAACAAAAAUCCAUACAGUGAGUCCUGAAACUGACAUCUUCUUGGAAAAACCAGCAAAGAAAUAUACACAUCAACCCUGUGCCAGAAACGAAGAGGAAGAUGACAGUGGAUGGGAGACUGUUAGCCAUGUUGAUGAGCGGGGCUCAAGCAAUUCGCUAGAUGGAAGUGAACCAUCAGUAAAUGGCUGCGGUGGAGGAAAUGGUGCAUCAGUGAGUGGAACAGACUGCGAUGAUAAUUGUGAAAACUGCAGGUCGAAUAGUGAGACCAGUGAAGUUUGUUCAACAACAGCAGAAAAGUACCGAAAGAAAGGGUCCUCUUUCGCCAGACUAUGGAGAUCAUCAAAUGACAAAAGUCGUAACAGAACAGGAUCAGGGUUAUUGAAUGGUAGGCUCUCAAGCGGCAGGAUGUCGAAUGCCGCUCUUUCACCAGACCUGAAGAGCAGUGGAGUGUGCACGGUUUCACCGAGCGUAGGAGAGUGGAGUCCAGAGUUGGUAAACCCUCAUGUAGUUCGUGCAAUGAAAGGGCGCGUAGAAUGGACCCAAGGUUCACAGAAACGCAACCAGAACAAUCUGAAGUUCAAGCUUUUGGACUCGAGUAUCGACGGCCACAAGGUCCAGCUCCGUCAAGCAUUGAAGCAGAAGAUAUAGCAUGGCACAUUUGCACGUUAUACCCCAAUUCUGAACAUAGAACGAUCUUGCCUGGUUUGAGUGCCUGAUCUGGAAGAGGAAAUCAUUGCAGCAUUGCCCCUCUGAUGGCUGUUAAUCAUUGGCUGUAUCUAAUUGAUGUUCUAAACUUCUAAUAGCCUCUUAGAAAUUUACGGCCUAGUCGUAAUCAGAUGUAAUAGUCGUAUUUUUCCAAUCGAUGCACUAUUUAGUCAUGUUUAUAGUAUCUUAUAAAUUUCUACUUCUGCCCGCUUCUGUUGUUGAAAUUUUUUUA